GCGUGGUGAGCGCCUACCGCCACUUUGCGACAUCACUGUUCGUCAUAUGUGUUUGUAGUACGUUGAGUGUAUGUAUUCAUCCCGUUGUUCAGCACCACAUCUACGAAGCCUUGAACAUGGCGGACGCUGCGGCUCGGCAGCUUCAGUACGAGUAUAAAGCGAAUUCCAAUCUUGUUCUCCAAGCUGAUGUACGUUUGAUAGAACGACGGAGCAGAGAUGAAGCAACCGGAGAAGUUAUGUCCCUUGUGGGCAAAUUGGAGGGAACCAGGAUGGGUGAUAGACAUCAACGCACAAAACCGGGAAAAGCAGAGGAGCGGAAAGUCAAACGUCAAAAACGUGAUGAAGCCCAGUAUGAUUUCACUCGCAUGAAGGGUGCCACACUCUUAUCUGAGGGUGUGGACGAAAUGGUAGGAAUUGUAUAUCGCCCAAAAACCCAGGAGACUCGGCAGACGUACGAAGUAUUAUUGAGUUUUAUCCAGGAAGCAUUAGGCGAUCAACCAAGAGAUAUUCUUUGCGGUGCUGCUGACGAGGUGUUAGCGGUGUUGAAAAAUGAUAGGCUCAAAGAAAAAGACAAAAAAAAGGAGACUGAAAUGCUACUGGGUAGUUUGGCCGAAGAAAGAUUUGCACUAUUAGUUAAUCUUGGUAAGAAAAUCACUGACUUUGGAAAUGAUGAAAAAACUACAACCAAUGAAGAAAAUAUUGACGAAACAUAUGGGAUCAAUGUCCAGUUUGAAGAGAGUAGCGAGGAAGAUGACGAGGAUGUAUAUGGAGAAGUGCGAGAACAAGACGACGAAGGGGAUGAAGGCGAAGAAGCGAAUAUAGAUCGAGCUAUUCAUGCAGAAAAUCUUGGUGGUGCUGAAGAAAUGAAAAAAGAGAAACCUCUUCAUCCACUCGAUAUCGAUGCAUACUGGCUCCAGCGACGGCUAAGCAGAAUAUAUGAUGAUGCAAUGGUUUCCCAAGCAAGAGCUGCCGAAGUGUUGGCUGUACUGAGAGACGCAGGUGACGACCGUGAUUGUGAGAAUCAGCUCGUCCUACUACUGGGAUACGAUUGUUUUGAUUUCAUCAAACAGCUGAAAAAAUACAGGCAUAUGAUCGCUUAUUGCACAAUGUUGGCGUCUUCACAAUCCGAAUCUGAGCGGCAAAAAAUCAGAAACAAAAUGAACGACGAUGCAGCACUAGCAAAAAUCCUGCGUCAGUUGGACACUGGAAAGGGUGAUGAUGACACCGAUGAAACGAUGGAAGCACGUGCACAGCGUAAGCGACGAGAGGAAAAUGAGGAUGGUGCAGGGGGUCCUGGCGGUCAAGUACAGGGUUCGAGAAACUUGAUCGACUUGGAGGAUUUGGUAUUUGCCCAAGGAAGUCACUUCAUGGCCAAUAAACGGUGUCAGUUGCCGGACGGCAGUUUCAGAAAACAAAGAAAGGGGUAUGAAGAGGUGCACGUCCCGGCAUUAAAACCCAAACCUUUUGGAGAAAACGAGAAAUUACACCCAGUGGAUCAGUUGCCGAAAUACGUCCAGCCGGCAUUUGAGGGUUUCAAAACAUUGAAUCGAAUUCAGAGCCGCCUGCAUCACACAGCAUUAGAAAGUGAUGAAAAUCUUCUGCUCUGCGCGCCAACUGGAGCAGGUAAAACAAACGUUGCUCUCCUCUGCAUGAUGCGAGAGAUCGGUAAACACAUCAAUGCCGACGGUACCAUAAACGCGGACGAAUUCAAAAUAAUCUACGUGGCCCCUAUGCGCUCUCUCGUCCAGGAGAUGGUUGGAAACUUUGGGAAACGGUUGGCAACUUACAAUCUCACAGUUUCUGAACUUACCGGCGAUCAUCAGCUUACUAGAGAGCAAAUUGCUGCAACCCAGGUGAUUGUUUGCACCCCGGAGAAGUGGGACAUCAUAACCAGAAAGGGCGGUGAAAAAACUUUUACGUCUCUGGUGCGGCUGGUAAUCAUUGACGAAAUUCAUUUGCUCCACGACGAACGAGGUCCCGUAUUAGAGGCACUCGUUGCCAGGACAAUCAGAAACAUCGAGACUACCCAGGAGGACGUUCGUCUAGUCGGAUUGUCGGCGACGCUACCAAACUACCAGGACGUUGCGGCAUUCUUACGGAUUAAACCAGAGACUGGGCUAUUCGACUUCGAUAACAGUUUUAGGCCUGUCGCACUUGAGCAACAGUACAUCGGCGUAACGGAAAAGAAAGCGCUAAAAAGAUUUCAGGUGAUGAACGAAAUCGUUUACGAAAAGACUAUGGAACAUGCUGGUAGAAAUCAAGUCCUGGUGUUUGUCCACUCUAGAAAAGAGACCGGGAAAACUGCCAGAGCCAUUCGCGACAUGUGUUUGGAAAAAGACACUCUUGGACAAUUCUUACGCGAGGGAUCUGCUUCCAUGGAAGUUCUGCGAACAGAGGCUGAGCAGGUCAAGAAUCAGGAAUUAAAAGACCUUCUCCCCUAUGGCUUCGCAAUUCACCAUGCCGGGAUGACAAGAGUUGAUCGUACCUUGGUCGAAGAUCUGUUCGCAGAUCGACACAUCCAAGUCCUGGUAUCGACUGCUACGCUGGCCUGGGGAGUGAAUUUGCCGGCCCACACUGUUAUUAUCAAAGGCACGCAGGUUUAUAAUCCUGAGAAAGGUCGCUGGGUAGAAUUAGGUGCCCUCGACGUUCUGCAGAUGUUGGGGCGAGCUGGACGCCCUCAAUACGAUACAAAGGGUGAAGGAAUCCUGAUAACCAAUCACAGUGAACUACAGUAUUAUUUGUCACUUCUCAACCAGCAGUUGCCAAUCGAAUCUCAACUGAUUAGCAAGAUGUCUGACAUGCUGAAUGCCGAAAUUGUCUUAGGAACCAUUCAGAAUAUUCGAGACGCUGUCACAUGGCUCGGCUACACGUACCUCUACAUCAGGAUGCUACGUUGCCCAACGCUCUACGCGAUUCCCCAUGAUAAAUUGAAGGAAGAUCCACUGCUCGAGCUGCAUAGAGCCGAUCUGAUACAUUCGGCAGCUUUAGGGCUAGACCGGAGCGGGCUUAUAAAGUACGAUCGCAAGUCUGGACAUUUUCAGGCUACAGAAUUGGGUAGAAUCGCAUCUCACUACUACUGUACACAUGAAACAAUGUCGACCUACAAUCAAUUGCUCAAGAGGACCCUCAGCGAGAUUGAGCUCUUCCGAGUCUUCUCGUUAUCUGGCGAAUUCAAAAAUAUAAAUGUCAGAGAGGAGGAAAAAUUGGAGCUGCAGAAGCUGAUGGAGAGAGUGCCGAUUCCGAUCAAGGAGAGUAUAGAAGAACCAAGUGCCAAGGUCAACGUACUUCUACAGGCUUAUAUUUCACAGCUGAAACUAGAGGGAUUUGCACUGAUGUCAGAUAUGGUUUACGUAACUCAAUCAGCGUCGAGGCUUAUGAGAGCUAUUUUUGAGAUCGUUUUGUUCCGUGGAUGGGCGCAGCUCGCGGACAAGUGCCUAUCUUUGUGUAAAAUGAUUGACCGUAGAAUGUGGCAGUCGAUGUCGCCGCUCAGACAGUUCAGAAAAAUGCCUGAGGAGAUCGUCAAGAAAAUCGAAAAGAAGAAUUUUCCGUGGGAGCGACUUUACGAUCUCGGGCCUAAUGAAAUUGGAGAAUUAAUUCGCGUCCCUAAGCUCGGGAAAACCAUCCAUAAAUACAUUCAUCAAUUUCCCAAGUUGGAAUUGUCAACGCACAUUCAACCGAUUACGAGAUCAACGCUACGCGUUGAACUUACGAUAACGCCCGACUUCCAGUGGGAUGAAAAAGUCCAUGGAGCCUCCGAGGCUUUUUGGAUUUUGGUCGAGGACGUUGAUUCUGAAGUAAUACUACAUCACGAGUAUUUCCUGCUUAAGGCCAAAUACGCCAAUGACGAACACCUGAUCAAAUUCUUCGUUCCUGUCUUCGAGCCUCUACCGCCGCAGUAUUUCCUCCGCGUUGUGUCGGACAGAUGGAUUGGGGCGGAGACCCAACUCCCGGUGAGCUUCCGGCAUUUGAUCUUGCCUGAAAAAAAUCUCCCGCCCACGGAACUCCUGGAUUUACAGCCGCUACCGAUCACGGCUCUGCGGAAUGCCAAAUUCGAAGCUGUUUAUACGGACAAAUUUCCGCAGUUCAAUCCCAUUCAGACACAGGUGUUCAAUGCGGUAUAUAAUUCCGACGAUAACGUCUUCAUCGGUGCACCAACAGGCUCUGGAAAAACGACUAUCGCCGAGUUUGCGGUACUACGACUGCUCACUCAGAAUCCUGAUGGAAGAUGUGUCUACAUGGUGAGUAAGGAAGCGCUAGCCGAGCUAGUCUACACGGACUGGGUGGCCAAAUUCAACCAGCAACUAGGAAGAAAAGUGGUACUCCUAACUGGAGAAACUGGAACGGAUCUCAAGCUCCUGGCCAAGGGACAGGUGAUAAUAACGACAGCUGACAAAUGGGACGUACUCUCGCGUAGGUGGAAGCAGAGGAAAAAUGUGCAGAAUAUCCAGCUCUUCAUCGUUGACGAGCUUCAGCUGAUCGGGGGCGAGGAGGGACCGGUGCUCGAGGUGGCUUGUUCAAGGGCGCGGUACAUCUCGUCGCAGCUCGAGAAACCAACCAGGAUCGUCGCCCUCUCCGCUUCGGUCGCUGACGCAAAAGACGCCUCGCAAUGGCUCGGUGCCCCUGCCGCUGCGACGUUCAAUUUCCAUCCUUCGGUCAGACCUAUACCCCUCGAACUACACGUACAAGGUCUGAACAUAACGCACAACGCUUCGCGCUUGGCGGCAAUGGCGAAACCGGUCUACAAUGCGAUCUUGAGACACGCACCCCACAAGCCCGCUAUAGUAUUUGUACCUACCAGAAGACAGGCCAGGAUGACCGCGAUCGAUCUUCUCACCUUCACCGCAGCCGAGGGACAGCCAUCGAGGUUUUUCCAUGCGGAAGAAGCGGACAUAAAGCCAUUCUUAGACCGGAUGAGCGACAAGACUUUGAAGGAAACUUUAUCUCAGGGUGUCGCUUAUCUACACGAAGGCCUCUCAGUCGACGAUCGUCAUUUGGUUGAACAGCUGUUCGACAGCGGGGCCAUCCAGGUUGCCGUCGCAACGCGUGAUCUCUGUUGGGGACUCUCGAUAAAUUCUCACCUCGUAAUAAUCAUGGACACGCAAAGCUACAACGGCAAGACCCAUGCGUACGAAGACUACCCUAUCACCGACGUUCUGCAAAUGGUGGCUCGUGCCAACAGACCUCUAGAAGACGACGACGCAAAGUGCGUGCUCCUGUGCCAAAGCUCGAAGAAGGACUUUUUCAAAAAGUUCCUCAAUGAACCUUUACCCAUAGAGAGCCAUCUAGAUCACAGGCUCCACGAUCAUUUCAAUGCCGAAAUUGUGACGAAAACAAUAGAGAACAAACAGGACGCCGUCGAUUAUCUGACGUGGACAUUCCUCUAUAGAAGAUUGACGCAAAAUCCCAACUACUACGGUCUGCAGGGCGUAACGCAUAGACAUCUGUCGGAUCAUCUGUCAGAACUCGUCGAGGGGACGCUCAGCGAUUUGGAACAGGCGAAAUGUGUCGCUGUCGAAGAUGAGAUGGACACUCUGCCUCUGAAUCUGGGAAUGAUAGCGGCUUACUACUACAUCAACUACGCGACCAUAGAACUGUUCAGUCUCUCGUUGAAUAACAAGACGAAGAUACGGGGGCUUCUGGAAAUCAUAUCCGCUGCGGCCGAGUACGAAACCGUACCCGUCAGGCAGAGAGAAGAGAACCUGUUGAGAAGUUUGGCGGCACGCCUGCCUCAUGCUCCACAGGUUGCCAGAAUGGCGGAUCCUCAUGUGAAGGCUCAGCUCCUCCUUCAAGCGCAUUUGUCCAGGAUCCAGCUCGGUCCCGAAUUGCAGAAGGAUACCGAACUGGUACUCGGAAAAGCGGUAAGGCUUAUCCAGGCCUGUGUCGACGUACUGAGUUCUUCGGGAUGGCUGGCACCAGCCGUUGCAGCUAUGGAGCUGGCGCAGAUGGUGACGCAGGCGAUGUGGUCCAAAGAUUCGUAUUUGAAACAGCUGCCGCAUUUCACAACGGAGACUAUAAAACGAUGCACCGAAAAAGGCGUGGAGACCGUCUUUGACGUUAUGGAGCUGGAGGAUGAGGACAGAAACAGACUCCUGCAGUUAACGGACGUUCAGAUGGCGGAUGUCGCCAAGUUCUGUAAUCGUUAUCCAAACAUUGAGAUGGCUUACGAGGUGCAGGACAAAGACAGGCUGCGCAGCGGUGGCACGGUCAACGUUGUCGUCCAGUUGGAAAGAGAGGACGAGGUGACAGGCCCCGUCGUCGCACCGUUCUUCCCUCAAAAACGGGAAGAGGGAUGGUGGGUCGUCAUCGGUGAUCCGAAGAGCAACUCCUUGCUUUCGAUUAAGAGGCUUUCCCUCCAGCAAAAGGCUAGGGUUAAGCUAGAUUUCGUCGCUCCGACACCAGGUCAACAUUCCUACACCCUGUAUUUCAUGAGCGACGCUUAUUUAGGCUGCGAUCAGGAGUACAAAUUUACAAUAAACGUCGGGGAGUACGAGUCGGACGUCAGUUCCUCGUCAGAGUCAGACUAGCUUGAAAUCUGAUCUCUCUGUAAGAUAAUGCCUGAAUAAUAAUAUCGGACCACGAAGCAUCAACUCGAUCGCCCAAGGACUCGCAACGUACCGAAGAAUUGCUUUUACAAAACGUGCUGACUUCGGGUGACAUACGAAUUUAAGAAUUUUCUGUUCACCUGUCGAAAACAAACCAAAGUUGCGUUGAAAAUGCGAGAAAUGUGGUGCGUUCUAUAAAUACACGAAUAAAACGAGUACAUGAUGUAGCUUCUGUAUUUUUAUUAAGAUUAUCAGUAAUAUUUUUACCUUCAUAGUCAUCGUCAUCAUCAUCGUCAUUACUAUUACCAUUAUUAUAAUAUAAAAAUGCGAAAUGAAAUAAAAUAAUUAUGCCAAUA